AUGCCAGAAUUGGUGAUUCCUCCAUUGGAACCGCAGUUGGCUGAAACAUUCGAGGAUGUGGUAUUUUCGAAACAAUAUAAAGAACUACCUAAUGCAAUAUGGUCGUCCGAUAUACUACCGAAAUUAAUAAUUAGACUAGAGGAAAUUGCUAGCAUAUCAGACAAAUAUGGCGAACGGUAUAGUAAAAGACCCCGCGGAGUUGAUCUUCCGCAGUCAAUAAAUAGGACGAAGGACAAGAUUGUCAAGCAUUUGAAGGAUGUAUUUCUGGAUAAGCCGCCGUUCACAAUCCAGAGAAUUGCAGAGAUAAUGUUACACCCGGAAAAAGAGGGUUAUGCACUUUCAAACAAUACCCAAGUGUUGAAAUAUUUCAAUUCGUUUUCGAAGUUGGUGGUGGUAGCAUCUUCAAUAUUUGAUUAUCCAGAAGUUACGUUCGUGAAUCCUACUCUGGGCGGCUCAAAGACAACAAACCCACCUACAAAUCAGACAGUACAGACAAUCCCGUUAGUGCCUAUACCUUGGUUGAAGACCGAAAGUCCUGUUAAAGAAAACCUGCCGGAUGGAAAUAGUCUGGUUCUUGACCCAAUGCUCAUUUCAUCUCCACCGGCAGACGAACAGCAGAAUGCUAAAGGACAGAAAAAUCCGGAAAACGGGAGUGAAGAUUAUAAGAAUGGGAACACACCCUCUGUUUCUCCCUCGAGGCGGAGAAGAGAGAAAGAUGCUAAUGAAAUGAAAUCUGAGUCCACACAAGAGUAUGCUGCAAAACGAGCACGCAUAGAUGACAAGCCGAGUCCUUGCAAACAAAGACGAAACGAAUUAGAUCCAGACGAAGAUAGAAUGGAUAUAUCUAACAGUACUCUCGAGGACAUCACAUCCAAUAGUUCAAAUGUUACGCCAACAAAGUCACAAAAUAAUAAUUCGGAUCCUAUAAGUGAUGAUCAUAAUGAUACUGCUGACAACGAAACUAUAUUAACUAACAAAGAUCGCGACAUAGAUAAUGAAAAUAAAAUGGAUAUAAGUUGUGAAAAUAUGAUCGUCAGUGACGAGGAGCCCCUUGUAUAUUAA